AGGAAUUUCAUACAGAAUUUACCAGUUACCAAUAUUUUAACUUUCAUAUUUUCGUUUGUGAUUUAAGGCGAAUUGUUACAAGGAUUUGUUUUUCGCCAAUAUGAGAUAGUACACUUGACUAACAAGUCUACAAGUAUUGCCGUAUGGUAAUAAACCAAAGAGAAUGAGGACGUUGACAAGAUUGAUAAACUGCUUAUUAACUUCUGACAACGACUGAAAUGCAACUAGAGGUCAAAUUUUUAACAUUGUCAAAUCUACCUUCCUCUAUCCGAACAAUAUGAAUUACUUCAGUUCAAAAAUGAAUCAAUCAGGUCAUGAUUUCAGUGGUAGUGAUCAAAAUCUCCGUGAUAAGUGUUCGCUGUUAAUUAAUACUGAUAGAACUUUACGAAAUAAUCACUGUUCUCCAAACAUUAUUGUUACUAGCGAAGACAGUAAAAAGAAAUAUGAUUCCCUUUCAAGUGAACCAGCUGUAAAUCCAUGGCUUCCCCUACCACAUCCAUGUGUAUUCGCCACCAACUGGUCUUCUUUGCAACUAGAUUUACUGAAACGUUACCCAUUAUUUUGUCCGAAUUCGAAUUCUACACCAACAUUGAAUCAAUCUAAUGGGAUGUUGGAUUCCGAAAUUUGUGAAUCAAGUUCCACAGCAAAGGAAGUCAGCUCAGAUUACGAUUAUUACAUAGAGGGAAAUGUGGCCAGUGAAACAGAUUCCAAUAAUGUGUUGCACAAGUGUCUUUCUAAUGAACACAUCAACGAAGAGGCAGAUCAGUCAGUAACAGAAAACGUGUUCAAAGGUCGCAAAACAUCAAUGUUAGCCAAUAAAGAGAUGAAUAGUUUUCUGACGAAAAAAUUUACGGCUCGUGAAACUACAAACUUUUUAAAAUCUUGGCUAAAUGAUCACAGACAUAAUCCAUAUCCAACAAAAAAUGAAAAAGUAAUGCUGGCAUUGAUUACCAAGAUGAGUUUGACACAAAUUUCCACAUGGUUUGCAAAUGCUAGAAGACGAUUGAAGAAGGAGAAUCAAAUGACAUGGACACCUAAAAUACGUCAUCAUAGAAUAUCUACACAUUCAUUGAGCAGUAAUAACAACAUCAACAGUAAUCAAAGUUGUCAUAGACAUGGUAAUCAUAAUUAUGAUUCAGAUAAAGUUAAUAAUAAAGUGUGUAAUUACAAAUCCACAAUGCCUUCAGCUUUUCCAGUGAACCAACGACGUUCUACUAAUCCAUGUGAAUUAAAUAAUGACAAUACAAGACUCUUAAGCAGUCAACUGGUUCUAAAUUACUUUCUACGUAAAGAUGAACACUAUUCACAAUUUAGAGAUAAGUUGAAAGGAUUUUCGAAUGUGUUUUCAACUAACUCUGACUUUCCUGACAUCGCAUCAGUGAUGAGUGUUAUAUCCAUUGGUGUAGGGGACAAUAAUGAAAAUACACACAAUAAGAUUGAUGACGCUGGUGAUAACGAAACUAUGAUUGAUGUCACUGACGAUAGUAACAAUAAUGACGAUCAUAUUUUACUGAAUGACAGUAGUACUGUCAACGGGAAACCAAAGAUUCAUACUAAUCAGCCAGACAAUGGAAAAGUUCAUCACUCUUCAUUAUCUUCUUCACCUUCAUUUGAAAAUACCUCUGGUAGAAAAUCACAAAUGAACAUUAAUUGUGGCAUAUCAAAAAUAUGGUCAGUUGCUGAUGUUAUUGACAUGUGACUAAAAAAGCAUACUAAAGACGAGCUGUG